AUGGCGCCCACAGCACCCAAAAAACGCCCCUCCAUCCGGUCCAAGACCUCGAAAUCCACUUCCGCUUCCACCACUACCACGAACUCAGGCUCGGGUCUCAUAUCCCGACCUAUAUCCCUAUCAUCCAACUCCAAGAAAGACAAACGAACCAUAAAAUCCAGUCUCUUCAAACACCGCAUCGAGAAAACACACUCCACGCCCACCUCCAAACGCCGCCGUCCUUCCAAGAAACUAGUAUCUAAUCUCGAUUCUCUCGCGGAUGCAUUGCCUGAUAUAGAAGAGAUGAGUGCGGGCAGGGCGAGCAAGGCGGGGGUAGGGAAGAUCAAGAUGGAUAGCUUGACGAGUGGGAAGGGCCUGAUGAGGCGGCGCGAGAAGGUCGAGGUGGUGGAGAGGGAGAGGUUUGGGAGGAAUCUGGGCUUGUUGAUGGGGAGUAUGAAUACGAGUGCGAGUAUGCCAACUGUUGUACCAAAGGUGGAGGGUGAGGCACCCCAGCCUCAGCCUUCAGCUACGACGAAGAGGUUCCAAGCAUUACGGGCGUGGAUUGGGGAGACGAUAGACAAGGAUAGCGCGUUUGAGGGGAAGUGA